AUGCCGACUCCAAAAUCGGUUCUAAGACCGCAGAUAAAAAGCCUAAUUCGCCGGAUUCCACAGUCAUCUCUGGAUCACCAAUCCCAGCUUAUUCUAGAUGUUUUAAAAUCGGUUUUAAAACCUUACUCGUCUGUGGCAUGUUUCAUGGAUAUGGGUCGUGGAGAAGUGCGCACCUUGCCUAUUAUACGGUACUUAUUCGAUACUAACAAAAAAGUGUAUUUGCCAAGAUGCACUAACACCAGGGCCAGUGGACACCAGGUUUUAAGACAGGGCGUUGAAUCUCAUCCGCAUUUGACGUUCCAUGAAAUGCGCAAUAUCGCACAGGUGGAAAACCUGCAACCACAAGGCAAAUACCAGCUACUUGAACCGCCUCUGGAAGAGCCACAUCCACACCCUCCAAGCCUCGACGUUGUUCUAGUUCCAGGUGUAGCGUUUUGUCUCGAAACUGGGGCAAGAAUGGGCCAUGGAGCUGGAUUCUACGAUGAUUUUAUCCAUCGAACGGUACAUCAGCAUGGAAAACGACCGUUACUGGUAGGUUUGGCGCUCCAGGAACAAGUCGUUCCGUAUGUCCCCACUGAGGCUCACGAUCAUCACAUGGACGCUGUGGUGUGUGGUAACGGCACCAUUCAUUGGAUCGAACCAAACCAAACCAAUGUUUAA